UCACGUGACCCGUCCUGCAGCCGCUGGGGCCGGAGGGUGCAGCUUGGCGGAGGCCUGGCCAGGCCGGGCCGAGCAGAGCAGGCCGGAGCGCGCCGCGCGCCAGGGAGGGUCUGGGUGCCGCGCCUCCCGCCGCGCCCGCUCGCGUGCUCGCAAGCCGUGCCUCGGCGCUGGGACCCCUGGCGGGCGGCCGGAGGACAUGGCCGGCGACGCCGUGCAGAGCGAGCCUCGCAGCUGGUCGCUGCUGGAGCAGCUGGGUCUGGCUGGGGCAGACCUGGCAGCCCCCGGGGUGCAGCAGCAACUGGAGUUAGAACGAGAGCGACUGAAGAGGGAGAUCCGCAAGGAGCUGAAGCUGAAGGAGGGCGCCGAGAACCUGAGGCGAGCCACCACUGACCUGGGCCGCAGCUUGGGCCCUGUGGAGCUGCUGCUGAGGGGCUCUGCUCGACGCCUUGACUUGCUCCACCAGCAGCUGCAGGAGCUGCAUGCGCAUGUGGUGCUGCCUGACCCUGCAGCCGGGAGUGAUGCUCCCCAAUCCCUUGGAGAGGGCAGCCCUAUGUGCUCAUCCACCAACCUGAGCCGAGUGGCUGGCCUGGAGAAACAACUGGCCAUUGAGCUGAAGGUCAAACAGGGGGCAGAAAACAUGAUCCAGACUUACAGCAAUGGCAGCACCAAGGACCGGAAGCUGCUGUUGACAGCCCAGCAGAUGCUGCAGGAUAGUAAGACCAAGAUUGACAUCAUCCGCAUGCAGCUUCGCCGUGCGCUACAGGCUGGCCAGCUGGAGAGCCAGGCGGCUCCUGAAGAGGCCCAAGGAGGCCCAGAGCUGGGAGCUGUAGAGCUUCGCAUUGAGGAGCUGAGACACCAUUUCAGAGUGGAGCAUGCUGUGGCAGAAGGUGCCAAGAAUGUCCUGCGCCUGCUCAGUGCUUCCAAGGCCCCAGACCGCAAGGCAGUCAGCGAGGCUCAAGAGAAAUUGACUGAAUCUAACCAAAAGCUGGGCUUGCUGCGUGAGUCACUGGAGCGGCGCCUCGGGGAGCUACCGGCUGAUCACCCCAAGGGACGGCUACUUCGGGAGGAGCUUACUGUGGCCUCAUCAUCAGCCUUCAGUGCAAUGCUGCCUGGGCCCUUCCCUGCCACGCACUACAGCACUUUGAGCAAGCCUGCACCUCUCACAGGGACCCUGGAAGUACGAGUGAUAGGCUGCAGGAAUCUUCCAGAGACCAUCCCCUGGAACCCUUCCCUCUCGGCUGGGGCAUCUGGAACCCCCGACAGCCGUACCCCUUUCUUAAACCGCCCAGCUCGGGGCCUUUACAGCCGAAGCGGAAGCCUUAGUGGACGGAGCAGCCUCAAGGGAGAAGCUGAAAACACGACUGAGGUCAGCACCGUGCUCAAGCUGGACAAUGCAGUGGUGGGACAGACAGCCUGGAAGCCGUGCGGCCCCAAUGCCUGGGACCAGAGCUUUACCCUGGAACUGGAGAGGGCACGGGAGCUGGAGUUGGCUGUGUUCUGGAGGGACCAGAGGGGCCUGUGUGCGCUCAAAUUUCUGAAGUUGGAGGACUUCUUAGACAACGAGAGGCAUGAGGUGCAGCUGGACAUGGAACCCCAGGGAUGCCUGGUGGCUGAGGUCACCUUUCGCAACCCCAUCAUUGAGCGGAUCCCUAGGCUACAACGUCAGAAAAAAAUUUUCUCCAAGCAGCAAGGGAAGGCAUUUCAGCGUGCCAGACAGAUGAACAUUGAUGUGGCAACUUGGGUGAGGCUCCUCCGGAGACUCAUCCCUAAUUCUGUCACCACGGGCACCUUCAGUCCCAACGCAUCUCCAGGUUCUGAGGUUCGGAACACUGGAGAUAUAUCCAUGGAGAAGUUGAACCUUGGUGCUGACUCAGACAGCUCAUCCCAGAAGAGCCCCUCAGGGGUGCCCCCCACUUUAUGCAGCCUGAGUUCUUCAACCCAUGAAUCCACCACCUCUCCAGAGCUGCCUUCAGAGACCCAGGAGACCCCAGGCCCUGGCCCGUGCAGCCCCCUGAGGAAGUCACCCCUGAUGCUUGAGGACUUCAAGUUCUUGGCAGUGCUGGGCCGGGGUCAUUUUGGGAAGGUGCUGCUGUCUGAAUUUCGCUCUAGUGGGGAGCUCUUUGCCAUCAAAGCCUUGAAGAAAGGUGACAUAGUAGCCCGAGACGAGGUGGAGAGCUUGAUGUGUGAGAAGCGGAUUUUGGCGGCCGUGACCAGGGCAGGACAUCCCUUCCUGGUGAACCUUUUCGGCUGUUUCCAGACCCCAGAGCACGUGUGCUUUGUGAUGGAGUACUCAGCGGGCGGAGACCUGAUGCUGCACAUCCACAGCGAUGUGUUCUCCGAGCCGCGGGCCGUCUUCUAUUCCGCCUGUGUGGUGCUGGGGCUGCAGUUCCUCCAUGAACACAAGAUUGUCUACAGGGACCUGAAGUUGGACAAUUUGCUCCUGGAUACUGAGGGCUACGUCAAGAUCGCAGACUUUGGCCUCUGCAAGGAGGGGAUGGGCUAUGGAGACCGGACCAGCACAUUCUGUGGAACCCCAGAGUUCCUGGCGCCCGAAGUGCUGACAGACACAUCCUACACGCGAGCGGUGGACUGGUGGGGACUGGGCGUGUUGCUCUAUGAGAUGCUGGUUGGGGAGUCUCCGUUCCCUGGGGACGACGAGGAGGAGGUUUUUGACAGUAUUGUCAACGAUGAGGUUCGUUAUCCCCGCUUCCUGUCAGCAGAGGCCAUUGGCAUCAUGAGAAGGCUGCUGCGGAGGAACCCAGAGCGGAGGCUGGGAGCCACGGAGCGGGACGCAGAAGAUGUGAAAAAACAGCCUUUUUUCAGGACGCUGGGCUGGGAUGUCCUGUUGGCUCGUCGCCUGCCCCCACCCUUCGUGCCUACACUUUCGGGGCGCACAGACGUCAGCAACUUCGAUGAGGAGUUCACUGGGGAGGCGCCCACGCUGAGCCCACCCCGGGAUGCGCGGCCCCUCACAGCUGCGGAGCAGGCUGCCUUCCGGGAUUUCGACUUUGUGGCAGGAGGCUACUAGCCCCAAGCCCCUGCCUUGCCCAAGAGUUCUUGGUUUUAAAAAGGUCUUUGGGGUUUACCCCAUACAUGCAUUUUCAGCCUCUGUGUGCAAUCUGGGGUGGGGUGUACUUGGAGCAGGUGAUGGAGGCAGACAGACUCAGGGGGGACAGAACUGUGCUAGGGCUCAAUUGAACGGUCAAGCUGUGAACAUGCAUUAGUGGGGGGGGGGAUGAGGACGGUGCUCAGGGCUGUGUUGGUAGAGAACGUUGGGGUUUUAAGGCUGUAGUGGGUACAAGGUUAGGACAGAGAACAAAAUGAGGAGAAUGCUUGGUUGCAAGGCGGUGGCAGAGACAGGAAGUGGACCCAAAACCUCGCAGCAUUUGUGGGGAUCUCUGAUCUCAGAACUAUGGAUUUAGUGUAGUGCUCAUGCUUUUGGAGCUGCUGAUCUGAGGAUCCCACCUCUGAUAUUUGGAACAUCCUAAUGUGUCUGCGCCACCGCGUGGCCAACGUUAGAAUUGUACUCGUCUGGGCGGAGCCUCUUUCACUAAAGAACGGUCACAGUGUGUGUUCCCGCCACACAGGACACAUCGCCCAUGUUAGUGUUUGAAGCUCUCUACACCCUUGAACCCUGCCCAGUGGUUUGGCUUAGCUUCUGGGCAUAGUCAGAGAUGGCUGAAGCCGCUGUGCCGGGAGCUACGCAAUGAACUGGCCUCCCAGGCACCCUUGGUUAGGCCCAGCUCUGUUGGGCCAUCCUUUGCACCGGCCCUCAGGGGCAGGAGACGAAGCAGUUGACGCAGCACGGCCUGGCGCAGCAGGAUGUACACCCACGGGUCCAGGAUCUGGUUCCACGACGCGAGGCGCACAGCCAGAAACAGCGGCCUUUGCAGGGAGCUAGAGUUCCAGCCCCCGAUGGCCAACAUCACCAACACCUGUGAGAAAAGCAGGCGUGAACCAUGUGAAAGAAG